GUUAUAUAAAGCUUUACUGUUUACUCCAAGUAAAGUCCUGGGACAGCACCGUUUUCAUACUUUUACCAGAUAACAAUGGCUAUCUCAAGCACUUCACUGAUAUUUGGAACACCCUCCGUUCCCUUAUCCCCGUUUCACACACUUUCUUCGAGUCUUCUUAUCUCACCAACAUCUAUUCAAAUUCCUUCAUCAGUCGCGGGGAGACCAUUUUCAUCCAGCCCUUUGCAAGUGGGAUCAAGUCCUUCGAGUACAUCUGAAACGGCAUCUAUCACCGUUUCCUUGCCAUCAAGCUCCAGAUCCAGCUCCCGUGCCCAGCCAAAUAAGACUCCUGAGAGCCAUCAGAACCCUGUUACCCCCGCUCAAGGGCCGUCUAGAUCUCCAUCAUCAGGGGGUUCAUCGAGUACCAUGCGUUCAUCGACGCCCAUAAAGCAAGCAAGCACAAGCACAAGCAACCAUGUCAGCCAUAUAGCCUCUAGACCAGGCACUACAGAGCCCCCAUCUUCGACGGAUGAAUAUUCCGCAACAGCUCAAGGUACAUUAACAGCGGAUACAAUAGACACAGCACCUGCGGACCUUACAAGCCCAUACACCCCAGGCCCCGAGUCCCUAUCAGCAACCAUCACAACAGCGCCAACAGGCUUUUCAAUCAUACAGGCAGAGGGUACACAGACUGAUAAUGGAUGGAUCACGACAACCGAAGGCGGUCAUGCAACCGUUCUACCUCUUGUGGGUGGCUUUAUCCUUCAUGAUGCGCCUGUCGUACCCAACGUGAAGUACAAUUUUCCUCAAUUUCCAAAGUUGCCCCCGUUCAGUUUUCCUUGUAUUAAGGUCCUUGGGAUUUCAGUUGGGAGCUGUACUUCUCCGCCACAGACAGAUAGUGGUGAUGGUGGUGAUAAUGGGGACGGAGAAAAAGGGGGCAAUGAUGAUGAUGAUGACAGCAAAAGGACAACAACUGAAAAGUCAGCUACAGAGGAAGACACUACCCAGACAUCUGAGACUUCAUCUAUCUCUUCUGAAAUGCCCACAACCCAAACAACCACACAGUCGACCUCUUGUACUGCAACCUCUACAGUGACCGAUUGCACAUCUAUCUGCAGCACAACCGGAACUUCCUUGGCAUGCUUCACAAAAACAUGCUCUACAGUCGAGGGAUGCACUGCAGUACCUACAACAACGACUUCCACCAUCUCUGCAUGUAGCUGGCUGAACCCGGAUAUUGAGGAUUAUGGACAGCUUGAUGGUGAUCUGGAAGACUAUAUGAAAGCCACGACUACCAACAGUGCCUCUGCAUCUAUAUCUAUAUCCGCCACUACUUUUGCUACUGCACGUUCAAGAUCAACAUCGACAUCUAUAGCUUCUCGUACUUCAUCUCCGGUCUCGCCCACAACGACCUCGAAAGCAUCCACCCUUUCUGGCAAGACAGAUGCUGAGACAUCUAUAUCUUAUACAAGCACAUCGUCCACCCCAUCAUCAGCCAAUACAGAUACAGUCCAAGAGCUACCAUCCACAACAACCGAAACCAGAGGAACGACUUCUACAUACCAGACAGGAACAUGUCGCAUACACCUGACCGAACAAGUAGGUUCUGCCGGUGAGCAUGCUGACAUGAACGCAACUAUCUACGAUGGAGGGGGCAAGCAUAUUGGUGCCAACGAUACCACAGUACACCUUGGGGGAACUUUCUAUGUCCACAGUGUACUGCCUUACAACCUUCUGAUGAUGCUAUCAUUUGACGUAGUAGGGACAGACAUCAAUUAUCCUGUUAUCUUUUCCGCGGGAGGUAUCACGUGGAAUACUAAGGAUGAUACUGAUAAAAAGAAAAUUCCUCACUGUGACGUGAGGGGUAUGAGUGGUGAUAAAGAUAUGGAUUGUUACUGGAGUUGCUGA